AUGUCAAGUGUACCUCAAGGAGACGUCACUGGUCUGAUGUUCAGAUGUCUUCACCAUUUCUUCCUGUCUCUUGAGAAAGUCGACAAUGAAGCAAACUUUGCCAGUAUUUGUCGUUCUGACGACGACGAUAGAGUAAGCAUAAGAUUAGCGGCUACAUCCUUUGGUCAACGGUGUUAUCGCCAAACAUUCAUUAAGAGAGAUGGUACCGCACCACUCAAGAACCAAUUGACAAGUUUGGAGAGAAGACGACAAACGUUUGACGACGGACGUCAGAUGGCGGACGGCGAACCGAACGACACCACAGACGGCACCAGAAAGCAAAUAGUCAUGCCAACUCUUUUUUUUUCCAAAGCUCGUGCUUCGCUUUAG